AUGAUUAUUGACGAAGCUCCUAUCUUAAUUGAAGAAAUUGCAUAAGCUAUGAAUUAAGAAGCAUUUUUAUCAUAAGAAUAUGAAAUGCCUGGCAACAAAUCAAGUAGAAUGGCGAUAUUUCCUCCGCAUUUUUAUUUUGGAAUUGAAGAUAAAAGAAAUGCAUUAAAUUAUAUUGCUCAUGCUAAGGAUGGAAUUGAGUUCAAAAUAUAAAUAGGAUUUGAAAUAAAAGAUGAGAAUGCUACAAUUCUAGUGAUUUGUAAUGCUUUGAAUGAAAAUCUUGACUAAUCGUAAUUUGUUAAAUAGUAUUAUUAUAUAGGAAAAUUUAUAAAUUAUCUAGUACAAUAUUUUGUAAGAAAAACAAAAAAUAAAAAGAUGUAAAAUUGGAUACAAAAGAGAUUAUUUUAAGAAUUCCUUUGACAUAGAAAUAAAAAGAUGUUUAGUUUUGUUUAGUGAAUGAAAUUUAAAUAGAAGUAGCUCCAAAAUACAACAGUCGUGAUGAAGUAGGUUUUACAGGGAUUAUAAAUAAUGCUGCUACAUGUUAUAUGAAUAGUGUAUUUUAAAUCUUAUUUAAUUUGGGAAUAUUCUAAAAGCUAGUUUAUUCUAUAGAAUCUGAUUAGUAUAAUCAAUUUCCAUGCACUGUAAGAAUUAAUUAAUUAUUGUAGUUGUAAUCUUUGUUUUACAAUCUUAAACAUAGUAAGAUAGCUAUAUCAACAUAAGAAAUAAUAAAAUCAUUUAAAUGGGAUGUUGAUUAAUAAGCAAUUUAAUAAGAUGUUUAAGAAUUUAUUAUGGAAGUAUUGAAAGCAUUAGGAACAAAAGCUCCAGAGAUAGAAAAUGAAAUAAACAAUUUAUUUUAGGGUAUUCUAGAAAACCAUAUUAAAAAUCAACAUUUUGAUAACAAAAAUUAAGAGUAAUUUAUGGAUAUAUAGCUUAAUAUUACUAAUUCUUUAAGAGAAUCUCUUGAUUUAUUUGUUGAAUAUGAACCAUUAGAUGCUUAUAUUCAUGAAGAAUUAGGUAAAUAAGAAGCAAUAAAGUAUCAUAAAUUCAAAAAAUUACCUCCUAUUUUAUUGAUAAAUUUAAAGAGAUAUUAAUUUGAUGGAUAAGGAUUUACAAAAAAUCAUGAUAGUUUUUAAUAUGAUAAUAUAAUCAAUUUCAAAAACUAUUUAAUAGAUGAGGAAGAUAAAUAUUAUGAAUUAUAUGCUGUAUUAGUUCAUAGAGGAGAGGCUAUUAAUCAUGGUCAUUAUUAUUGUUAUAUAAAACCAUUUUUUUAAUCAUAAUAAUGGUUUAAAUUUGAUGAUAAAUUUGUUACAAGAGCAACUUAGAAAGAAGUAUUUUAAAAUAAUUUUGGUGGAUAAUAUUAAUUACCAGAAUAUAAUGAAGAUUUAGGUGAAGUUAUUGUAGAAAAUAAAAAUAAUCCAGAAACAGCUUAUAUGUUAGUUUAUUUAGAUAAAAAUAAUCAAGAUAUUUUAUGUUUCCCAGAGAAAUAUCCUGAAUGGAUUUUAAAAUAAGAAUAAAAAAUUAAUGAUUUGUAAUUUGAAUAAAAGAAUUAUAUUUCAACAUAUUUAUUCUCUCUUAAUCACUUGAAUUUGAAUUAGAAUUCUUAAAUUAAAUUAGGAAUUAUAUUUCAUAGAUAAGCAUCUAAUUAAUCUAUAGAUUUUAAUUCAGUUGAAGAAUUUUUUGAUUAAUAUACAACUCCUUUAAUUGUACCUAAAACAAUAACAGUUUAACAAAUCAUAGAUUAAUUAUGUGAUAGAAUUAAUAUAAAUAAAAAUAAUGCUCAUUUAUUAAUUUAUAGAAUUACAUAACUUAAACCAAAUUUAGAAUCUGUUGUUUUAAUGCAACCAUAAAAAUAAUUAACCUUUUAUUUAGCUAAUAAAUGUUUUCAAAUGGCUUUAAUGCUAAUUUCAACAAAUCUAGAAGAUUAAUAAUUAAUAAAUAACUAUUUAGGAUUAGAUAAAAUAAAAUUAGAAUAAAAUCUAUAAAAUUGCAAAAGUGUUAAAGAAUAAAAAACUAAAGAAAAUAAAAUAAUUAUUUUUAUUAAGACUGUUAAUAAUAUGGUAGUUUUAUUUUAAUAAGUUUUACUUUUUAAUAAGGAUGAAAGCAUAGAAAAUUACAUAACUACUUUAUUUAAUCCAGAACUUAAAGUAAAUAUUUUAUAUUAAAAUGAUGGUAUGUAAAUUUAACAAUUUUCUAAAUUUAAAAACACAGAAUAUUAUUAAGUUUAUUUAGAUUAUGAAUAUUAAUUUUGGAAUAAAAUCUUUGAAAUAGAAAAAAUGAAAGAAGUUUUAAUUAGAGUAGUUAAUGAAAAUUAAUGUAUUUCCUAAUUAUUUAAUAAGGAUGAAUCUACUCAAUAACUUUUAGAGUAUUUAGCUUAAUUAGAAGAUUGUCAUCCUGAUAAUAUUUAGAUUAAAUAUAAAGAUAAAAAAGGUAAUUAUUAAAUCUUACAAUAACAUAUAAAAAUAGAUGAAAUUAUCUAAUAUGAUAAUAGUAUAGCAUAUAAAUAGACAGUAGUUCCAGUUGGAGCUAUGAAAGAAUAAAUUAGUUUCUAAAUAGAAAAUUAAACUUAUAUCAUUUAAAAAAGUAUGAGUUUUACAGAAUUUAUGGAAAAAGAAAAUCUUAAAGAAACUCUUCCCUUCUUAACAUCUAAAAAAGAUUAAAAGGCAGCUUUAGUCUUACUAGAUCUUAAUACCAAAAUUUCUAAAACUAUUUCUAAAUAUAAUAUAAGAUUUAUCAAACCAUUAGUUUUAGGUAAUGAUAUUUAUGUGAUUUGCUUUAUAUAAAGUGUAGAAAUUAUCUUAUUAUGCAAUCCUAUAAUACUUUUUAUACCAAAAACAUGUACAGCAGCUGAAAUUACAAAUUAUAUUAUUGAGAAUUUAAGUUAGAAUCCAAUAACAUACAAAACAUAAUAAAUCUAAAUUACUUAAAAUGCUAUUUACAGUACAGAAGAUUAGAAAACAUAAAAAUUUGAUUUACAAUUAAGAAUUAAAAUAAAUAAUUAAGAAGUUUCACAAGACAUUGCUGUUCAAAUAGGCUCAUUAUUCUCUGAAGAUAAAUAAGUAAUACUUGUAAUGACAUUUUUGACCAUCAGAGACACUAAGAAUGAUAAACUUAGAUAAAAAGGGGUUUAAAUUCUCUGA